GUCUGCACUUGCUCAAGAGCACCAUGUCGAAAAGGCAGGAGGCCGAAUGUUGUCUCCUUGCCUCCAGCCUGCCUCACAAUGAUAGGAAGGUGAAAGCUUAUAAUCUGCACAACGGAGGGUGCUGAUAGAUCAGAUUCGUCUUCUCCUUAGCAGUGCUCCACUACGCUCUAUCAUCUAUCUACCUGCCGAGUCUCCUGCGGAGCGCUUCACCAGUGUCCUUGUUGCCUAUAGCAGAGCUGGUCUUUGCCCUUCCUAGUCCCCCUUCUCCGGCCAUAGAAGACGUUCACUUUAUCCACCAUGCGUCUCAAAUGGUCAUUGUUCAUCCUGGGCCUGCUGGGCCAAGGGGCAAUCGCGAGCCCGGUGCCAAUGUACGAAGAGGCCCUCCAGCGUCGAGACCCUUUCAACGCCUACACCUCGCGAGCCAAGCAAAGCAGAAACAAGGAAGAGGUGAGCCGUCGAGGAACCCACGGUACUACUUCCCGCGGCGAGAUGCCAUACCUCCCUCAGAGCUUGCUGAGCCGUCGAGACGGUGAGACUACCAACGAUGAAGCCCUCGACGGGUAUGAGCGAAGCUUGUGGUCUCAAUUCGGCAAGGUCUCCGCAAAUGAACGCGCUCGAUCUUCCACACAGGCUUACCGACGUUCGCUCGAAGACGAAUACGAAGAUGAACGCUCUUCGAUCGACGACGUUGCCGCCUUUGGGGAGCGCUCUCUGCCCGAGGGGUCCGAGGUCAAUGAUUCCACUCUACCUGGUCCUUCCCGCUUCGCUUCUCCUCAAGGGCAGUCCCAGUCCACUUCUCUCGAGAAGCGAGUCGACUUUUGGCAGCCCCCAGCUUCGCAACGUACCAAACAGCUGAGGGCAGGUGGUCUCUUCCUCGGUCUAGGCACCCUGGCAGGGUUGAUGACUUGGGCUAUCCUACGACGGAAGCAUCGUCAGGCUGAAAAGAAGAAGAAGGAGGAAGCUGCAGCAGCUGCAGCCAAGGCACAUCCUCCUACUUCUACCACACCACCACCUACUUCUGAAAGUGGGACUACACCUAGUGUUGGGAAACCAGUGAAGCCAGGGCACCAUCGCUGAUUUCGAAAGGGGAAGUGGGAUAGGAAUGUUCGCCUCGAUCGCUGCGUCGAGUAGACGGCGACCGCGCGUGUGUGUAUGCGUGUGUGUUGCCUUUGCCAAUGCCUUUCUAGUCCUCAACAAGACGUGCGAAAUAUACAUAUCUACAUACAUACAUACAUUGCUCCUGCACAGCGCUAACCUGUGCUCCGCUGCUGAAGACUUGAGGUGUUCGUUCGGGAAACGUGUAGUGGCGACUGGUUCGCUAGCAAUGCCUACCUGUUCAAGACUGCAGCAGAAGUCCAAUGCAAUUGCUGCUGCUGCCUAGACUAGCAAGCGCACCUGUUCCCACCCCCACCCC